AUGGCGAAUUGGGGGAUACCAAAGAACCCACAAAUCAUGAACUUAAAAGGGUUAGAUGAGAAUGAUCUUGCAAUGAGGAUUAUGCUAUCGCAAAAACCGGGAAGUGAUUUGAUUCAAAAUUGCGAUUUGCCUCCCCCGACUAAAAAAUUGUUAUCAGGGUUAUCGGAGAAUGUAACAGUAAUCAAUUAUCCGAUGAACAGGAAAUUACAUUUUAAAGAGGAUGAUGAUUAUGAUGACGGAGAGAAAAAAUUGGGACUUCUAAAGGCAUUGAGAUUGUCUCAGACCCGAGCUCGAGAAGCAGAGGCUAAGUAUGCUGAAUUAAGUAAGGAAAAAGAUGCAAUUGCGAUCGCUUUCGUGCAUGAUUCGAUGCAGAUUUUGGCGUACAGGCAGUUUGUUAGGUUGCUUGAGUUUCAAGUUUUACAGCUUCAGAAGAAACAGCAGCUGUUGCAGCGUGGGAAGAUGAAGAAAGAUGAUGAUGAUGAUGAUGGGUUAACGUUGUUGAUAACUAUGGCUUUGUGUUUGGGAAUAGCUGGUGUUGGAUUGGCAAUUGGUCGUAAAUAUUUUUCUUGUUAG